AUGCCAGCCUCCGACUCCGAGAUCUUGAUAGUGGCACGCUAUCUCAAAGCCAACAACUACACCGAAACAUACGAUGCCUUUGUUCAAGAGGCCGAUCUACCCUUCGAUGCCGGAAACGUAUCGAAGGGGGACUUGACGCUGGAGAAGCUACUUGAUGAGAAAAAGAAUUUCGAUGUUGCUGUCAAGUUUGAGAAAUUGGGGUUGGAAGAUUCGAAUGAGGCGUGGACGAAGAAUGCACCAUCGACUGCUCAUGAAGUGACUGGCUUGCCGACCUCAUCGAAUAUACUCUCUGCGCGUGUGGAUAGUUUGCAGAACGAUGAUGGCUCGUCAUCAUCCACUCUGUAUGCCUCAACAGCAGAUCGCAAAUUCCACUUGCUCGAUGCUUCGACCAGGACCCUACAAAAGACUGUAUCUGAUCUACACGAUGCUCCUGUCUUGUCAUCUCUACAACUGGCCAAAGAUAGGAUCCUUACUGCUUCAAUGUCUGGCCAGCUGUAUGUCAGUGAUCCUGCUGGUCGAAUUCUGGAGAGACGCCGCGAUCACACCAAGUACAUCGUCAAGAUAGCAGCUCUGGUAGACGACCCAUCCGAGACGUACAUCGCCACAGCAGGCUGGGACAACAAAAUCAAUUUGUAUAAGAAUGACCUGGGCACCGGUGUCGAGGUUGGCGAGCCUGUGGCAAAGAUUCCCAUGUCAUCGAAGCCUGAAGCUAUCCUGUUUGUUCGACAUCCAGACAACAAUCGACCGGUCCUGUUAGCAAGCCGAACGGACUCCAGCUUCAUCUUCUACUACAGCGUCGAAGAAGAGCCGCACCUUCUCGGCAAACAGAACCUGGCUCCUCACUCGAACGCCUGGGUGGCGUUCACGCCUUCAUCGUUCGAGCUUUGCCCUACAGACCCCAGCUUGCUGGCUGUGGGUACUUCAAGCAUACCUCACAUGAAGCUGCUCAUAGUGACGUUGCUUUUCCCUCCAUGGGAACCACAAUCAGCUCCAGCGCCUGUUCCAUCAACUAGGCAAGCCUUACUCGGAGAGCAACCAACCGAGACACAAGCAUCCCAAGCUCGUGCAGCGCUGGCCAUUGCAGACCGAGAGUCAGCGGCUAUCAAGAUCCACUGCACUACCCUCGCACCCCAAACGGCUUACUCGACUCCCGCAGUAGCGUGGAGACCGGACGGAAGCGGUGUGUGGGUGAAUGGGGACGAUGGCGCGAUCAGAGGCAUAGAAGCAAGCACGGGCAAGAUUGUGAGCACGCUCAAGGGUCAUGAGCCUGGUACCAAGGUGCGGUGCUUGUGGGCGGGCGUCGUUAAGAAUGCAAGCGACGAGAAGGAGGUCCUUGUCAGUGGCGGCUUCGACCACAAGCUCAUCGUUUGGGAGGCGUGA